GCCCCUGCUCGUGACGUCACGCCGCCUGCACCGUGUUUAUGAUGUGGUUAUGAGCAGCAGAUGCUAACUAGAACUAAAAUUCAUCUGUAAACAUGCUCUGAAAUUACAGUUGGCAGUGUUUUCAGGAGCGAUGCCCUCUGGGUUGGUGGGUAAAAGUCGGUGAAUUGAGCCGUUUCCUCUGCAGGCUCCACGGACAGAGAUGGCAGUGUGUGCACUGACCAUGUUGGAUGGGAUGGAGGAGGAGGUGACAGCAGCAGGGGGCGUGCUGCUCCUGGUCCUGGCCCUCGUCUUGGCCUGGCUCUCAACCCACGUGGCUGAUCGGGGAGACCACAUUUUGGGCACCAUCCUCACUAUGGGCACCCACGCCUCUCUGAUUGGUCUGGGAGGCCACGACGGCUACAGCGGAGGAUCAGCCGGCGCGGACGCCUCCGAACAGCAGAGCGCUCCACCUUCUCAGGAGAACAAGCCCGACGACGGGGAGGAGGCGUCCGAAAGAGGAGAGGGCGAGGGCGAGGGGGCGGAGGGCGCUCGGACAGACCUGCUCCUGAACAUACAGAGCAAACAACCACCGGUUGGAGGGCGGCAGGCUUCUGGUGGUGGAGAAGAGGAGGUAGAUGACGAGGAGGAGAAGGAUGGAGACGCAGAAGCACCAGGAAGAUCAGGAAGGAAACCUGGAAAGCUCAUGUCAGUCUUGACCAACACCACCCCCUCCAUCAGUGUCCGUCUCAAGUUUCUCAAUGACACAGAGGAGGUGGCUGUUCUGGAUCCACAAGACACAGUGGGAAUACUAAAAAGUAAAUAUUUCUCCGGUCGGGAGCAUCAAGUCAAACUCAUCUAUCGAGGGCAGCUGCUGCAGGACUCCAGGAGGACUCUGUUUUCCCUCAACAUCACCGACAACAGCGUCAUCCACUGCCACAUCUCACCGGCUCUUUACGAAGCCGCCCCGGACGAGGAGCCCCCGUCCGGGGCAGAGGUCCGGCCCGAGGUCUCGGGGGGGUUCAGGGCCGCGGGGCUGGCGGUGAGCACCAGCAGCCUGGUGGUCCCCGUGUUCGUGGUGGUGCUGGCGGUGGUGUGGUACUUUCGCAUCAACUACAGGCAGUUCUUCACUGCCCCCGCCACCAUCUCCCUGGUGGGGGUCACUGUGUUCUUUAGCUUUCUGAUAUUUGGGAUGCACAGCCGCUGAGAAGGUGGAGGCAGGAGCUCACGCUUUCAGAGACCGAGGAGGAAAACAAAAUUAGCUGCAGCCGUAGGCGAGCGUCUGAGGAGGCGGAACGACACGAGCGCCCUGUUGAUGAUGCCACAGCUGACUGCAGCAUGUGGGAGAGGGAAGGUGGGUGGCAAAGGCUUUCAUUUACCAAGAAAAAGAGAGUUUAUAGCAAAAUACAAAGAAUAAGAAUUAACAUAAACUGGAGCAUUAUUUUAGAAGUGGUGGAAAACAUGCUGGAACUCUGACUUUUAGUGCGAAUCAUGACGUUUCUUGGACAUUCUGGAUUUUCUUUUUGUUUUUCGGGUCAAGACUUUAGCUUCAGGUUUCAUAACUCACUGUUGUGCUUCUUCUCUUUUGACUCAAGUCUAAUUGUGAGCAUAUUUUAGGUAAAAAUGGCAGUUCUGGUUGCUCUGUUAGGUUAUUUUCAUAAUUCUGUAUGGGGGGAAAAAGAGACUGUAAAUGUGUAUUCCUUGUAAAUAAAUCAAUAGACUGGAUUGAAUGAAAAUAUA